AUGGAUGUCGAUAUCAAAGAAUCGGAAAUCCAGACGAGGAGUAGGAUAAUUAAAAAUCAUUUGACUGAAAGGAACAAUUGCAUAGUCUUAAAAAUUGACACACAUAUGAGCAAGGUUGAAGAUAUGUCACCAUUCGGUUUUCACUUUGAAUUUGAUGCCAAAAAGUACAAGGAACGAAAAAAGCAGAUACGAAAACAGAAAAUCACUCGGUUCUUUGCGUGGCUUGCUUAUUACCAUCACAAAUUUGGAAUCCGACAUAUCACUCUUGUUGCUUUACUUGUUGGAUAUGUAUUUCUUGGCGGUUUCAUGUUUGAGAAAUUGGAGUCACCCAGAGAAUUAGAGGAUUUGAAAGAGACAAUUGUUUUGAUGCAAGGAAUUAUUGAUGAAGAAACUCAAGAUAUCAUAAAUCUCACACUUAGUACAAAUGGAACUGAUCGGAAUAACAAAUUGGCUAAACUUAUAAAACGAUAUUACAAAACAAUGUUAGAAGCGGAAGGUAGAUUUCAUGGUAGUGUGUGGCAUAAGGCUGAAAAUUUGGACAUGCAUCUGAUGUGGUACUUUUCAUCGGCCACUUUCUACUCGAUGACUCUUUUCUCUACUAUUGGUUAUGGUACUAUUUCCUGUCAAACUACGUGGGGUAGAAUCUUAUCAAUGAUCUAUGCAUCAAUCGGUUUACCGAUAAUGCUCGUGGUGCUUGGAGACAUCGGAGAAUGGUUCCAGAAGGUUCUUACUAGCGGAUACGUGUUUUUGCUUCUAAAAUACAAAAACCUCCGAAAACAACCUCUCACUAAAAAGAAACACGACAUUUUGUUACCAAUGUGGCUGGCACUGUUCCUUGUCUUAGCAUACAUUCUGAUAUGUACUCUCACAAUUACAAUUUUUGAUCAUAACGAAGGAAAUAAACCUGGUAUUGGAUUCUUUGACGCGUUCUAUUUUACAUUCAUCAGUUUGACAACCAUUGGGCUUGGAGACGUCAUGCCGUAUAACAUUCAAUAUUCCCCAUUUCUGGCAGCCGCCUUUUUGUUGGGUCUCGCCCUCAUUUCAAUUGUGAACACAUCAAUUUAUGCUCAGCUCUAUAGGAUGUUCUUUAAUUUGAUUAAUAGCGUGGAAGACAAAUUAGAUAGAAUUCAUAGUUCCAGUCAUAGAGGGCCGGGUUAUCGAGUUUUUCAGAAUAUGGAACCGGUGUUUCGGAUGUUGGUCUGCACUUUCCCUCCGUCACAUCCCCAAACUCGAAUCAAAUUUGCUGCCGUAAUUCGCGACUCGUUCAGAGAGAAAAAAGAAAAGCGAGACAAAGAUAGAAAACGGGAGAGCAAUACGAGUGACCAAAUCAAAUUGCGAACAAGAACCGAGUCGGAUAUACCCGCACACGAUGGUUUCCAUCUUUGGAUGGCAAAUAGGGCUAAGAAACGGCAACAGGAGAUGUCGGAGGAUGAUGCAGCGGUAGCAGCGAGAAGACGUGCACCGACGUUGGGAGCGUUUGGUGGCUUCGAUAUGAAUCUUUUCAAACCACGAGGACGCGCCAACACCUCUCCGUUCCAAAGAGAAGACUCGGCCGAGACGGAAGAGAGCGAUGUCGAGUGA